UUCAAGGCCGAGCUUCAGAGCCGUGCGCCACACUUGUUCCUCUUCAAGCAAACAAAAACCCCUACGUUCUUUUCGCGACUGAAGGCUGCGCAUAGACUACGACUUAUAUUCUCUCGCUACGCGAGCCGUCUAGGGAAGCGUGCGUUCGAUACAGCUUAUACGGUAACCCCGUCCACCGUAGACCAGGUCUCGGAUCCAUCACACGCCAUGGCUGACCAGUUCCAAGCGGAAAAUGAGCCGGCGACGGCCGGAUUCGUCGCCGAGUGGGUCGCAAAGCUGUGUCUGUGCGACGCUUCACUUGGCGACGGCCAAUGCGGCGGAUCUGACGACGAUCUCGCUCUCGCGUCUCCCCUCCGCAACAGAACAAUCAGCACUCUCCAUUCGGCAGAGCGCAGGAGCAACACUAGCAGCAGCAAAAGUGGCAGCAGCAGCGUGACUGCUGCAGACCAGAGAACCUCCUCCUCCUCCUCCGCCGGCGCCGCCGGCGCCGUCGGCGCUGCUGUUGCUGCUAUCGCUUCCGCUGACAGUAGCGCAAACCUCGGCCCACUCACACCGCGCCGACUCCGCGUCGCCGUCCAGCCACGUGGCAGCCCCGCCGCCGUGCCGCUGUUCCUGCCCAAUGACUUCGGAGGCGACGCGGUAUGGGGGCAGUCACCGGGCUUCGGAAAAGCAGCUCGAGCCGCCGCGAUCCCCGCUGCGAGCCCGCCGCGCCACCGCGGUUCCUGGACGGAUGGCGCGAGCUGCUGCAAGACGAAGCGCCGAACCGCGCUCGGGAGGGACGACGACGGAGUGGCGGGAGUGCGGCGCGCAUUGGGGUGGGAUAAUGACGAGGAGACUAAGAGCAACAGCAGCAACAGCAGCAGCAGCAACAGCAGCAGCAGCCUGGGAGCGGAAGGAGAGUCGAGCGAUGGCGAUAGCUUCGCCACUCGCUGCGAUCUCUUGUCGAGUUCGGACGAAUCCGAUCUUCUUCUCCUUCGCGACCCGUUCUCUGGUCUGAGCCGGCAAAGCUCAUUCGUUCGCGACAGCAUUCCGCAAUCCCCGCCUCGAUUCUCGCCUCCGGAUGCGGGAUCGCCGCGGUCGUGCGCGUCGGGAUCCGUGUCGCCCAUGUCCGUGCUACCCGCGCCGCUGGUGCUGAAUCUGUCCGCAUCGCUCGUCGAGAUGGCGGGGGGAGUGGGGAGAGACGAGGACGCGCUAAUCAUGCUGCCCAUCGCGUGGGACGAAGCGGAAGCGGAAGCGGAGGUGGAGGCGGAGGCGGAAGCGGAUGCGGAUGCGGAUGCUAUAUCCGCUACAGCAGCGGAGGCGGCGGCGGUUUCUGCACCCUGUCCUCGCUCCGCAUUUGCUUCCCCCCCGCCUCGCGCAUCCGCGUCCCCGCCAAUCCCGCGCCAUGCGCCUCUUCCGCCUGCCUGGAGCCAUGCCGCCACGCCCUCUCCCCCCGCGCGCUGCAACCCCCGCGCCCGCAACAGCCCCCCGCAGUUUCCCAGGAACCACGGGCAGACCCAUCCAAUGGGAGAGGCUGGCGCAAAUUCCCGCAGCCCUGUGUCCUCGGCCAACGCGCGGAACCACCAGCGCUCCAGCGCGCACAACCUCCCCCGACCCGCUCCCCACCACCAGCCCACCCCGCUCCCCGAUCGUUCCGCUCCCCACCAUCCGCACCAGCAGCCGCACCCUUUCCGCGCAUGGCCCGCGUCUAGCUCUGCCCUCCCGCCCAUUGGCGCAUGCGCGCGCAACAACUUCCGCCACCCCCUCAUGCCCGCCCCGAUGCACGUUCCCGUUCACAUGGGCAUGGCGAUGGGUAUGAUGGCUGUGCAUAUGCCCGGUCCCAAUCACCCACCCAUGCCCAUGCAUCACCCCAUGCACAUGCAGAUGCCCAUGCAUAUGCCGGUACCCAUGGCCAUGCCAAUGCCCAUGGGUAUGCACCCUCUAGCCCUAUCCUCCGUUCCCGUGCACCUGCCCCCGCAUCUCGCCUUCCCCUGCCGCCCUUUCCCCGGGGCCAAUCUCGCGGGAAUGCCUGGCACUGGCGGAGGGGCUCCGCAGAACGGCGGGAAGGCGGAAAAGGCUGCUGGCGGAGGGGGGGAUGCGGGGGGCGCUGCCUCUGCAGUGGCGGCGGAAGGGUCGUCGGGCACGGGGGUGUUUCUCCCGCGCACUGGUGCUGCGGAUUCGUGUGGUGUGACAUUUGGGGGGGAAGUAGCGGGGUGGGCUUGAUUCGGAGCUGGAGUUGUGGAAAGGUUGAUCGGAGAGGAGCAAGAGGAGUUGGCGCGAAUGCGGCUACACUGCAGUGUAGCGAACACAUUGCAGGAAGCUCUCCUCUCAGUUCCUAUACACGCUUAAGAGCCGCUAUAUAGAGGAUAACGGACAAGGGCUGCAGUGCAGUGCAGUGAUCUGUCUCGCAGUCACUUGCUCCUCCAUAACUCUGGAAACCCCAGAAACCCGCUUGCUAGAAGCAAUAAACCGUCAUAUAGUAAUGUGCUGCCUUAGCACACCUGCGGCUCUUUCUUACAAUAGAGUUCAGAAUGCUUGUUGCUGUCCUGCUAAGGGACUUCUAGCCUGCUCUUUCCGCCAGUCAUCUGCUUUCUCCCUUUAUUUCUACCGUAGGUUCAGCAGAGAGUGAGCCUGCUGUCUUAUAAUCUGCCAUUGU